AUGAAAGACACAGAUAAAAAUGCACUGAAUAUAUAUGGACUAGAAUUUCAGACUUGAGCUUUGGCAGCUCAAACAGCUGAAACCGACUAAGUUCGUUUUUUUGUUGGAAUUCAGUCUCUUAAAUUCAGUAACAACCAAGUACAUUUGGUAGAAUUUAGUGAAGGAACAGGAAAUUUAAAAACCCAAGUAUUCUAGCAUCUUAUUUGAGAGAUAUGGUUGAUGCAAGCAUCGCCCACUCAAGUCGAUAAAUUUAUAACUUGUUACAAUUCUUUUUCCAAAGAUAAUACAUGUCAAAUGAAAGGAGCUCUCUGGAGUAUAUCCAAGAACAAUGAUACAAAUGUUAUAAUUCCAUUAGAAAAAUUAGCAGAUAUUGAUACUACGCCAUAUAGAAAUGAGCUUGAAACAAUAACUUAUCAUCUAACAAAAGCUGCUUCAGUUGUAGCAAAUAAUUUUGUUUUGUAGGAUCUGAAUUUCAAACCUCAAGUGGUAACAGUUGGAACUCUAACAAGCAGAAGACAGCCAAAAUUUACAAAUGGAAAAUGGAAUCCUUAUCAUCUUAUGGAUCAGUUUGUCACUUUGAAUGAAAAUUCUGUUAAAUGCUGAGAUUUUAGGGAUCGGAAAGAAUGUGCUUGGAUAAUUGCAUUAGCGCAUUCUCAAACAAUUAGAGAUUUAGAUUUUAAUACGCUUAGACAUUAUUUGGCAACAUGUGGAGAUGAUGGAUUCAUGAAAUUUUGGGAUGUUCGUAAUACAAAUGAACCUGUUUUUUAACGAAUGGAGCACUCUCAUUGGGUGCGGUCGUUUUGGAUUAAUAAAUUUCAUGAUCAAUUAAUAUUGACAUCCAGCAGUGAUUCAAGAUUAAUUUUAAGUAAUGUUGCUUCAAUUUCUUUAGAACCUUUUGACCAAAUAGUAUCUGAAAAAGAUACCACAAUGGAAGAAACUUGUACAAAAGAAAAAUUGGAAGAUGGAGUGCUGGCAAAAUAUGAAGAGCACGAAGAUAGUGCUUAAGAUGUUGAAUGGUCUGCAGCAGAUCCAUGGACUUUUGCAUCUUUGAGUUAUGAUGGUAGAUUAAUUAUUUAUAGAGCACCUCAGAAGUAUAAAUACCAAAUUUUAUUAUGA